AGUUAGCAGAAGCAUCAAACUUCAUGAUGAAGACAUUUUUCGAGUUGUUUGUUAUUUUGGUUCUCGUUCAUACACUUGCACCAUUGGCAUUGACUGCAGAAGAAGAAACGGUUUUGAUUAAGAGUUCAACGAAUUAUCAUCAUAACGAAGAUAGAUUGAAAUCCGAUGCGGCGCCAGAUGUAUUUUUAGGUGGAUCAACUAAUCCAACGACAUGGCGAGCUGACAUUGCCAUACCGACACUGGAAAAAUGGGGAAUUUCAUUUUAUAAUCCGCAAGUUACAAUUUGGACACCAGAUCUGAUUGAACCAGAGAAUCGGAGAAAAGAAGAAGCGUGUGUUUUAUUUUUUGUGAUUGAUUCACAAACACGAGCUGUCGCUUCUUCUAUUGAAGUCGCUUAUAUAGCUGGGCAUGAUCCAAAGAAAUUAGUGUUGGUAAUUAAUCCAUAUAAACCCGGUCAAUGUAUUUCAAAUGAACCCAUUUCUCCGGAAGAGUAUUUAGAAUUGAACUCAAAUCAAGAGAUGUUACGUGAGCUGGUUGUGCGAAGAUCAGUGCCAAUUUCAAAUGAAGUUUUGUCGGGACUCCAUCAAACUAGAGCUAUUAUCACUGGCGAUUCAAGUGUUCCCAUUUCUUAUCAACAAGAGCUAUUACUGAACGACGAUAAAAAAUCAUUCGAUUUACGAGACAUUUAUGUGGAUGGAAUUAGUUCUCUUCGUACGAAUUGGCGAAAUAAAGUGAUCUCAAUGCUAAAACGAGCGAAAGUAACUUAUUAUAUGCCUCAGAACAAUUUAAAUGUUCGAUUGUAUAAUCAAUCGCUGUUGGAAUCGAGCCGAGUCUUACUGUUUUUUAUUGCAAGUGAAUCACGUUCAUUGGCCACCAUGACAUUGGCCGCACAUUACAUUGGUUUGGGAUAUAAUAUUGUUUUGUACAUAAAAGAGCUAAAAGAUGGAUGCACUAUUGAGAACGAUCGGCUAACAAAAAUUGCUGUAAAUGACUACAAUCGUGGACGAUACUACUUGAGGGAUGUGGCCAAAUUGAAUAAGAUCCCAGUAUUCGAUGAUUUAGAGAACGCCACCAGAUUUACCAUUGAAAAGUUAAAAUCAGUAGGGAUCGAUCCGGCACAAAGCUUGGCGGUACCAAACAACUAUCUCAAAACAUUGGGUAUAAGAAGCUUUAUAAAUUUUCAACACAAACUGUUAGCAAUAUGUAUGCUUUUUGCUCUAUUUUCAUAAGAGAUUUCUGUCAUCCAUAUGAUCUAAUAUUUAGAACAGCACAAACAUGGUAUUUGGUGAGCGCCUCAUGAGGUUAGUCAUUGCAUUGACUCUAGAAAAAACUGCCAAGGUGAUAUUUUUAGCACUUUUUUUGCAAAAAACCCCUCCAAUCUAUCGUAUAUGUAUAGCAAAAAAUAAUCUUUAAAUUAUUAAUUAUUCUACGAAUUUUCUUGUAAAUGAUGCGAGUGAAAAUUGUACAAUUUCGAAAAAUUUAAACAUUUAUUUAUUCGUAUGGAAAAAGAAAUGAAAACAUUGAAAAU